CAGAGCCCGGCACAGCCUUCCUGUGUGGUUUCAUCUGCCCAGAGCGGGCCAUGGACCUGGGGAAGCCAAUGAGAAGCGUGUUGGCGGUGGCCCUCCUCGUCAUUUUCCAGGUGUGCUUGUGCCAAGAUGAGGUCACAGACGAUUACAUCGGCGACAACACCACCGUGGACUACACGGGGUAUGAAUCUUUGUGCCUCAAGAAAGACGUGCGGAACUUUAAGGCCUGGUUCCUCCCUGUCAUGUACUCGGUCAUUUGUUUCGUGGGCCUCCUGGGUAACGGGCUGGUGGUCUUGACCUACAUCUAUUUCAAGAGGCUCAAGACCAUGACGGAUACCUACCUGCUCAACCUGGCCGUGGCAGACAUCUUGUUCCUGGCGAUCCUUCCCUUUUGGGCCUACAGCGCGGCCCGGUCCUGGGUGUUCGGAGUUUACCUGUGCAAAGCGAUCUUUGGCAUCUACAAGAUAAGUUUUUUCAGCGGCAUGCUGCUGCUCCUCUGCAUCAGCAUCGACCGCUACGUGGCCAUCGUCCAAGCCGUGUCCGCUCACCGCCACCGCGCCCGCGUGCUGCUCGUCAGCAAGCUGUCCUGCGUGGGGAUCUGGACGCUGGCCACGUUCCUUUCUGUCCCCGAGCUGCUUUACAGCAACCUCCAGAGGAGCAGCAGCGAGAAAGCCUGGAGGUGUUCGCUCAUCACUGACCACGUGGAGGCCCUGAUCACCAUCCAGGUGGCCCAGAUGGUCAUCGGAUUUCUGGUGCCCCUGCUGGCCAUGAGUUUCUCCUACCUGGUCAUCAUCCGCACCCUGCUCCAGGCGCGCAACUUCGAGCGGAACAAGGCCAUCAAGGUGAUCAUCGCCGUGGUGGUGGUCUUCAUCGUCUUCCAGCUGCCCUACAAUGGCGUGGUCCUGGCCCAGACGGUGGCGAACUUCAACGUCACCAGCAGCAGCUGUGAGCUCAGCAAACGGCUCAACAUUGCCUACGAUGUCACCUACAGCCUGGCCUGCGUCCGCUGCUGCAUCAACCCUUUCUUGUAUGCCUUCAUCGGGGUCAAGUUCCGAAACGACCUCUUCAAGCUCUUCAAGGACCUGGGCUGCCUCAGCCAAGAGCAGCUGCGGCACUGGUCUUCCUGCCGGCAUACGCGGCACGCCUCCAUGAGCACGGAGGCCGAGACCACCACCACCUUUUCCCCAUAGGGGCCUCUUCUACCUGGACUGAAGGGAUCUCGCCCAGAGGCCCCUGGGUGGGCACUGAGAGCAGAUACAAGGACUCAGGAAGCACCCGAAGGCUGCUGAGGGAAGAGCUUGAGCCCGGGCUCUGGGAGUCACCCUAACCCCAACCCAUGCUACCUCAACCAAGGCUGAAGAGACAUUGCCCAAACCAGGACUAUUGUCCCCAAACUGACAGCCAGAAGUGAACGCUGAGAAACCACCCGCGCCCCCUAGGGUGAGGGGAAUGGGGCCAGUGAGUGCUGCUGUUGGCUACUGAGGUCUCCAAAUGAACCUUCUGAACUGCAAAGAUGUCCCAGAGACCCAAGGGCCCUAGAGGCCGUGUCUUCCAGAAACCCAGGCUUUGUUUUGAUCACCAAGAUGAUGGAGUUACUCCCCGGCUUGCGGAGGAAAAGGGGCCAUCAACUGGUCUAACUGAAUCCUCUCCGCUGUCUCUCUUUUCCCACUGAUACCAAGCCAGCCAGAAACGGCAGUCCCCACGCUCCCUGUCACCUCCCUGGUGGCCCUCCUCAGCUCUUCAUGAGGAGGUGGUGUUUCCUGCAGGCCAAGUGGUCUCCCCAGCCUGACCAAAGCCAUGGUCCCCACCAGGACUCUGGAGC